GACAAGGGGGCCGUGCAGGAGGGCGGCCUGGGAGUGUCCGGGUAACCCCCAGCCCCACGGUCACUGAGCCCCUCCCUGGGCCUGGGGGAGCCCCCGUGGCGAGCUGACCACCUGCGCUGACCACGCUGCAACAGGACGGCCCGAGGCCCAGGCGAUGGGACUUGGAGCAGGCCUUCCUGCUUCACUAAAGCCCUUACACCAGUCGUCCUUUAUUCUAAACUUACUGGAAAACAAUGGAACCUCUGGCACGUCUGCCAGAAGCAAGGGGGAGCCAGGCUAAACCACCUCUGCUGCACACAUCGCUGCCAGACCACAAGGACAGGGUGGCAGGGGCGACUCCCCCACUGCCCUGCUCCCACAAGUAAGCGGGCACGUGGCCCAGCCCUCCUGGCAGUCAGGUGAGGCCACAGGGCUAAUGUGUGGCCACUGGGGUAGGAGAUUGGGGGUGUGACAAACUGGGAAGCCGCCCGCCCUCUACUGCCCCCCGACUCCCCCUCAGUGGCUCUGACGGCAGAGACUGUCGGAGGGACAGCGCCCUGGGGGCGGGGGCGCGCAGCCCCACUGGCCUCUGGCUGGGCCGACAGAGACCUUCCAUCUCACCGAAGCCCCGUUACCGGUGUCUAAGCAACCACGUCACUGCAGGAAUACCAAGGUCCCUUGCUGCAGCUGGGACAGUCCGUAGCCGUGGCCACCUUCACAGUCCCCAGAAGAGCAUUAAACCCUCGGAAUCCCAGCCCCACCCACCAGGUCCACUCGGCGCCACCCAGCACGUCUCUGCCACGGCCACCUCGCCAGCCAGCGCGCACUGAGAUGCGGAUCCCGCUGCCCACAGCGCUCCUCCGCCUCCCUGGGCAACGCCACGUGGAGACCGUGACGGGGUCUGAGGGUCACAAGGGGGCUGGGGUGGCUGCUGCCCCGCGGACGUGGGCACCGGCCCGGCGUGCUCGGGGGAACCUCCUCUGGGAGCCUCGCCCUUGCCCCGCCCGCGUUGCCUCAGCUCAGCUCUGCCUCCCCACUGAGGGGCUACCCCGUGGGGUUGUCCUGCAGACCCAGGCCCCUCGCCAUGUCCCAGGUGAUCGAGUGCCUUCCGGGCCCAUCCCCUCGUGAGCUGGCGUCUGUUAGCCCCACUUCACAGCCUCAGCAAGUGAGUGAGACCACAGCUCUGCUCAGCACUCCGGACACCCACGGAGCUCCUGCGACGGCCAAGCAGCAAAGGCAGACCCGUGAGAAACAGGCAACACCUCCCCCGGUCCGGCAGGUUCCGGUUCAGCCAUCUGGGCCCUGGGGAGGCCACACCCUGUCUGCAAGGUCGGCAGUGGGGGGCUGGGAGGAGCUGCUUCGGCUGGAACCCCGCACACCUGGGGAACUCCGAGGCCCUCUUUGAGCACCAGGCGGUCACAUCAUCCUCUGGCCUGAGGCCACCCCAGUGCGAGUCCACCUGAUGCUACCUGGCUCCUGCUACCUGGUGUCAGGAGCAGAGACACAGGGCUGAACAGGUAACACGCGGAGAGGGAGAGAAGGGACCACGCCUCGGUCUAGAAAAGCUCCCAUUUGAGCCAACUUCGAGGCCUGACCGGGCGUGACCAGGGCUCCUGCUCCGUCUGUCGGUGGGCGAGCUUCCUCUCCACCCAGACAGUUCUCAGGUCCUCUCACGCACCCACGCCUCCCCCGACCACCCACCCCCACGAAGGACCGGUCUCCUUCUCGCCAGGCCACUGGCCCCGAAGCAUGAAGACCAGAAAACACCUGCCGGCCCCCCCGGGAGCAAAAGCUAUUUCCAGAAGAGAAGUGACAGCGGAGCGUGGGCUGUUUGCGGCCCAGCACUGCCCGGGACAGCGUCUCGGCAGGCGAGGUGGAGGAGCAGGCACUGCAGGAACAGCUCAGCUCUGGAGUCCAGCCCAGGUCACUUGCCCCCUGGGGCUCAGUUCCCUCGUCUAUGAAAUGAGGCAGAUGGGUCACCGCCCGGGUUGCCGUGAGGACUGGAGUCGCGCAGCCCGGCAGACAGGAAAGCUGAAGAGCCAGAGGGGCACCGUGGUGGCACCUGCCCAUCAGCGACCCAUCCCAGCCACACGGGGAGGUCCGUCUACAAGACACCAGUUGCCCAGAUGUUACACCCUUUGGGGCCUGGGGCAGUUCCUGUCAGGUUUCAAACCCUUCUAUAGCAUGCAGGUAAAAAAACAAAAAAAACCCCAGAAACCUAGGAACCUCCCCAGCCCACAUCUGCCUUUUAAACUCCUCGGCUCAGGGUCACCUGCAUCCUGGAAACUCAGGCACCUGUGCCCAUCAGCCCUUCCCACGGGGCCCCCUCAGGGUCAGGGGUCACAGGCCAGCCCAGUCUGUCCUCAGCACCAGCCUGGCCCACAGCAGGUCUGUGCCGGCACAGCACCCCUCCUUCGGAUCCCAGCCCAGACAAGCCCUGUGCUUCCCCAGGAAGAGGUGGCCGCCAACACUGUCACCUGGACUUCUCCUCUUCCUAACUGGGAGCAUCCACAUGGUCUGGACACUUGCCUCCCUGCCUGUCCCCUGUCGCCCCCACUAGAACGUGAGCUCCAAGAACAGCCACCGGACACGUCCUGCCCCAGGCUGCAUGCCCUGCCCCUGCCGUGCACACAGGAGGCGGCCCUUAAUUAAACGCUGAAUAAUGAAUGA